GCUGAACAGUAGGCCAGUGUGGAGGACACAGAGAGGUAGGCUUUUGUAAAGGGGAAGGGGCUAAGCUGGGAAGACUGUUAAAAACUACAAACAAGUCCAUGAGAGCAAAUGGGAAGUCAGAGUAUGGCGGCUUCCCAUCGGCUGAGCUGUUGGGUGGGAUGGUCCGGAAAGCUGGUCUUUUCCCCUCUGGACAAGUAAAGUAGCUUCCCCAUCGAAGGCCAAGUGUCUCUUCCUGUUGGGUCUGCAUUGCUCAUGGCGGCGGUGGGUGAGAGCUCCCCCAGCUGCGUCCUCCCAGCCCCACUGUAGUGAGGUUUUCGUCAUUCAUUUUCACAGGUCUUAGUAGCUGAAGGGAUGGAAGCUCCCAUCAGCUGGAUGGAAGGUGGCAGGCUGAUGGUCCGUGGAGAUCCCCUAAGUUGUUUUGAGACCUCGUUGGAGCUUAGUGUUCAAAGGAGCGUGCGUGAUGGCAUCAAGAGGGCAGCUGGACAGGACAUAUCGGGGAUCCGGGGGAGCGUUUCAGGAUGGAGACCUUGAAAAGUGAUGGCUGUUGUGUGGCCCGGGGUGGAGGUUUGGGUCACGUUGAGGAAGGGAGGCAGAGUGUCGCGGCACUGGUAUUAGUAGGUCAGAGGGCCUUUGGGAAUCGUGCUGAAGCGUGGUUCUCUGGCUCAGCACCUGGUUGGGUUGCUGGGCCGUGCGGGCACCGGUGGAGGAGAGAGCGUGAUCUGGCAGAUAGAUGGGUCAGGCUUCCGUGGGAUGAUGGCACAAGAGAGGCUGAGGACACCCAGGAGUAAUGGAGACAAGGUGAGAGCGAGACUGGGCUGCUCUUUAUUCAGAGGUGUAGGGCUUCCCAGAAUUUUGUGGAAUGGAGCCUUCUGGAUGAGGCUCAGAGACGGCUGUACUAUGAUGUGAUGCUGGAGAACUUUACACUUAUAUCCUCCCUGGGUUGCUGCUGUGGAGCAGAGGAUGCAGACGCACCCUUCGAACAGAACGUUUCUGUAGGUGUGUCACAGGCCAGCGCACCCAAGGCAGCUCUGUCUUCCUGGAAGAGCCACCCCUGUGAGAUGUGUGGUCCGGUCUUGAGAGACAUUUUCCGCUUGGCUGAGCACCAGGGAAAACCAAGCAGCAAGAAACUGUUGAGGUGUGGGGCAUGUGCAAAACUAUUUUAUUUCAGCGUAAACUUCCAGCAGCUGCCAGAGCAGCACGUGGGAGAGAAACGAGUCAGAAGUAGUGUGGACACGGCCUCUUUUGUGAAGGGAAAUGGAUUCCAUGAUUCAGGAAAACCCCUUACCUGUACUGAGGUUCAGAAGGAAUUCGUGCCUGGCUCUGGGCAUCUACAGCAAGACGCCACUCAUACUGAAGAGAAGCCAAACACAAUCAGCCAGUGCAGGGCAACUUUACAGAGCCGUAAAGGUCAUUACACUUGGGGAGAUUGCAAGACAGCCUUUGGUCCCAAGCAUGCACAUGUUCAGGAUCAGGGUGUCCAACCUGGCAGACCGUGUUUUGUGUGCAGUGAAUGUGGGAAAACAUUCAGGUACAAAUCUUUAUUUGCUAUCCACCAGAGAUUCCAUACUGCAGAAAGACAUCAUGAGUUUGGCAAAGGUGGAAAAUCCAUUAGGCAGAGGUCUAUCCUUAGUCAACAUGGAAGGACUCACACUGGGUCCAGGCAGUACACGUGCAUCAAAUGUGGGAAAUCCUUAAGCCACAAAUCUAUGCUCAUUCAUCCCCAGACAGGGCACAGUGGAGAAAAUGAUUAUGUUUGCAGUGCAUGUGCAAAAUCUUUUAGCCAUAGUUCAAUUUUAAUUACCCAGAGGCUUCAAUCUAGAGAGAGGCCUUAUCAGUGUGGUGACUGUGCAAAAUGUUUUCCCUCUCUCUCUGCUCUCGGAUACCAUCAAAGAUCUCACACAGGGGAAAAACCUUAUCAGUGCAGGGAAUGUGAGAAGUCUUAUUUCUCCAGCACUGGCCUCCGUUACCAUCUCAGAGUUCACACUGGAGAAAAGCCUUAUAAGUGCAAUGAAUGUGGCAACUCUUUUUUCUCUCUGUCUGAUCUCCAUUAUCAUCACAGAGUUCACACUACAGAAAAGCCUUAUCAGUGCAAUGAAUGUGGCAAGUCCUUUCUCCGAAAAGACAGCCUAAGUGAACACAUAAAGGUACACUCAAAUGAAAGGCCUUAUAAGUGUAAUGAAUGUGGGAAAUCUCUGAAGUGGAAGGCAACAUUCAUUAAACACCAGAGAGUUCACACAGGAGAAAGACCUUAUGAAUGCAGUGAAUGUGGCAAAUCUUUUACUGCUAGUUCUGCCCUCAGGUAUCAUCGGAGAGUUCACAGUGGAGAAAGGCCUUAUCAGUGCAGUGAGUGUGGUAAAUCUUUUAUCACUACCUCUGUCCUCCAUGUACAUUGGCGAGUUCACACUGGAGAAAAGCCUUUUGAGUGCAGUAAAUGUGGGACAUCUUUUACCUCUACUUCUGCCCUCCGAUACCACCAGAGAGUUCACACUACAGAGAGGCCUUAUGAGUGCAGUGAAUGUGCCAAAUCUUUUUUCUCUGUCUCUGACCUCCAGUGUCACCAGAGAGUUCACACUGGGGAAAGGCCUUAUAAAUGCGGUGAAUGUGGCAAGUCCUUUCUCCGAAGAAAUAGCCUCAAUGUACACAUAAAAGUUCACUCAGGGGAAAGACCUUAUAAAUGUAAUGAAUGUGGAAAAUCUUUUAAUUAUAGGUCAACAUUCAUUGAACACGAGAGAAGUCACACAGGAGAAAAGCCUUAUCUCUGCAAUGAAUGUGGAAUGUCUUUUAGUCAGAGUCGUGCCUUCCGCUUUCAUCGUCACUGUCACCUUGGCGGAAAUCCUUAUGAGUGUAGUCAAUGUGGGAAAUCUUUUACUACUAAUUCUUCCUUCCUUUCACACCAGAGAAUUCACACUGGAGAAAAGCCUUAUCUCUGCAUUGAAUGUGGGAAGUCUUUUACUGCUCGUGCGCUCCUCCGUUCUCAUGAGAUUGUUCAUACUGAAGAAAGGCCUUAUGAGUGCAGUGAAUGUGGCAAGUCCUUCCCCCGAAAAACUACCCUCAAUUUACACAUAAAAGUUCACUCAACUGAACGGCCUUAUAAGUGUCAUGAAUGUGGGAAAUUGUUGAAGUAUAGAUCUACAUUCAUAAAACACCAGAGAAUUCACACAGGAGAAAGGCAUUUUGACUGCAGUGAAUGUGGGAAAUCUUUUAUCACUUAUCAUACUCUUAGUUAUCAUCGCAGGACUGCACACAGGAGAAACACGUUAGGAGUACUGUGAAUGUGGGAAAUCUUAAAACUAACUCUCCAAACGCACUCCACAUGAGAAACUACACAGUAGAUAGUCUUUAUUGGUGACAUUAUGACCUGAAUGCUCAUGUUCACUAG